GCUACACUCCGGCCCAGUUGGGGGCGGUCAAUGCUAUGAAGACUUGUUGUGCCUGACAUCAUGAAUGAAACGAGGAUAAAGAAGAAAGAGUUCAUUACUGUACCUUUUGAAUGCUGGAUACCGGGGGGUGUACUAACGUUAUACCCCCCUACGGUCACAGGCACUGUAAGACAGCAACGCAAUGGACAGCAGCUCAGUAUUAUUAGGUGCACUAUAGCGCAGAUGACAUCUAAACCCAAGGCCCAGUUGGCACCCCUGCCACGGACAGAGAUCCUUGCGUACUGGGUGCUGUCCUUCGGCUCUCAUCUGUAUUCUUUCUACCAGCUGCACAGGUUCUCCAAAGAGCAUGAAGCGGGAUUACAGAGAGAAUUCCAGUUGGAAAAGGGUCUUUUUAAGGGUUUUAAAAGGGACCCAUUAGACUUUGAGUGGAGUUUCUGGACCGAGUGGGCUAAGAAGUCUUUGCUGUGGACUCUGAUUGGUCAUGGCGUGAUAGCGAGACUGACCGGCACUUUUUACCCCAAGCUCAGGGUGCCAGCACUCACGGCAUAUGGCCUCCUGGCAGCCAGCAGUUUGUUGGGGAUCAAAGGAGUGUGUGUGCUGCUGGUACAUCUGGGCUUGUCCUUUUCAGUAGCCCAACUGCGAAAGCCUGCCCUGUCGUGGGCCUGUAACCUGCUGCUGCUCUCCACGCUUUAUAUCCAGCCACUUCAAGAGAUCCAGAGAGGCUGGUAUAAGACAGAGGAGGAACACUAUCUGCUUCUCUUCAGUGUUGCUGUCUGUGGUCUCCGCUUCAUCAGCUUCAGCCUGGAGCAUUGCUGGUGCCCUCUGGACCGUGGUGGAGGUGUGCAGCUCUGUUGGUUGUUUUCAUACACCUUCUAUCAUCCUUUCUUCUACAAUGGACCCAUUAUCACGUACAAAGACUAUGUUGAGCAGAUGCGGAGGCCUGCUGAGGAGAGUGACAGGGACGAAUCUGCUUUUAGUUACUUGGUGCUCAGAUCAGGUCGGAUCAUACUGUGGUGGUGCAUUGCAGAAUACAUGAUCCAUGUCAUGUACAUGCACUCCAUCCAGUCUAAUGAGACCUACUUAGAGAUUCUUCCUCCUUGGGCCUUGGGCGGACUGGCCCUGGCACUCGUCCAGUUCUUUUAUGUGAAAUACCUCGUGUUGUUUGGCCUUCCAUCCAUGCUGGCUACUUUGGAUAAACUAGUCCCCCCAAAGCUUCCACGUUGUGUUAGCAUCAUGUACAGUUUCACAGGGAUGUGGAGGCACUUCGACGAGGGUCUGUAUCGAUGGCUCAUCAGAUACAUCUAUGUGCCAUUGGGAGGGUCAAGGCACGGCCUUCUUUACAAAAUGUUCUCCACUGGCCUUGCGUUCGGAUUUGUCUGCCUCUGGCACGGUGGCCAUGACUACUUGCAGUACUGGGCCCUGAUGAAUUGGGCUGGAGUUCUUGUGGAAAAUGGACUGAAGUCUGUUUUUAACUCAUCCUUGGUUCACUCUUUUGUUGAGCAGAAUUUCUCCGCAGCGAUGGCGAGGCGUUGCAUUGCUCUUCUCUCUGCCUUCUCCACUGCCAUGCUCAUCCUCUCUAAUCUGGUGUUCCUCGGGGGGAUCCACGUUGGCAGAAUCUUCUGGAAGCGUGUCUUCGCUCAAGGUUGGUCUACCGUGGCUCCACCUAUGCUGGCUUUUCUCUACUGUUUUGCUCAGAUCGGACUUGAGCGGACUUCACACCCACCAUGAGUCACCUUGACUUUGUGUUAGGGUAAGAAUCCCUGCUACCGGACAACCAGAACAAACCGCUGAGUCCAGUGCCUUGUCCUUAACCCGGCCACCGCCGGUCGCUGUGGCGAACCUGGCUCGUAGCCACACAACCUGUGCAAACUUGGCUGAAGUAGCAGCUGAGCAGCCACUUUUUUCACAAACCUGCAAGACCAGACAAAAUCUGCCUGUAAGCUAAGACUUGAAGGGUCAGCGUUGAUUCCUCCUGAGGAAAGAGUGCACACAAACUGUAAUAGAAUGAGUAAAGCUGUAAAUUCAGGGCAGUUUCCAGUGGAAGCAUUUGCAGCGUUAACUUUCCUACCCAACAAGCUUCACUGAAUCAUUUCCAUUCGGAGAAACAAUAAAAGAAAAUGCGGACAUUGAAUCUGUCUUGGUUCUACGACUCCGAUAAGGUAAUGCUCAGUGGUGCAGUACGCUGGAGAAAUGCUAAUUAUAUUUACUGUCCUCCUUUUAGUGCGCCAUAAUAAACAUUGUGUAUUCAGAGGUAGACAAUAGGCAGAGGAGACUGAAUAGAGCAGCUUGAACCUGAUCAAUGUUAUUAUUUCCUCUACAGAUCUAAUUUGGGUGAAGUAGAAUGACACUAAUAUUAGUCGAUGUAUUGCUGAAAGGCUCUAGAGGGACUACACACUAUCUUUUAAUUCUACACCGUAACAAUGGUGGAUGACAUUUAUCCAGUGGAAUGCAGAUGUAAGCUUUUUUUUUUUUCCCUCCGAGGAUGAAUAAACCACAAGCUGUAGCUUUCUUUUUCGCUAAUGUGUUGAUAUAUAACACCUCCAAAAUGUCAACUUUACAAUAACCCAUUCCACGUUCAGCUGUCAAGUUUCAUUCUUUUGAAUAUCCAUCUAUCUAAUAAUGUUAUAAUGGAUAUUAUCCAGCAAGUCGCACCCGGUGGUGUGCAUGUCCUCACACAGACACAGUCAAGAUGAUGUAGAUGCUCAAAAGUGUUUCGGGGUGUGUCUCACCGUUGAUUAAAGUCUUUGUAAAGUGAGAAUAAAUACGUGUUCUGAG